ACCUGUAGUUCUCUUUACUGAAAGUAAACGAAACGGUAUCUGCCCUACGCAAGUUAUUUUGUGUGUGGAAUGUUAUCUGCUAACUCUUUUUCAGGGAUUGAUUUUCAGGAUUGUACCAUAAGUCAAUGGCACAAUUACUGAUUGAUGCGCUAACAGGAAAUGUCCUGGAUGCCCAAACAGUGUUAGCUGUACAACAACUUCUUGAGACUAGCCAACCAGGAGCUCAAAAUGAAAGGGUGGAAGUGGUUCCGGCUGCUGAUGAAAGUGAAGAAGAAGGGGAAGAAGACACAUUCCAGUGUGGCAAGUGCAAAAGGAAGUUCACCUUGCUCACCGCCUACUUUGCACACAAGAGGGAGCAAUGCACAGGCAAGCUACCAACCAGCCUGUGGCACAGGCCCGCUCAUAGCACCUCAACCACCAUGGGCUCCGUUGACCGGUUGGCAGCUGCUUCUCAGACGUUGACAGCACUGAGGCAGUCCCUUCCACGAAAUGCACGUGUCAUCUUGAGUGAAGCUGACCUUCUGACACUUUCAAGCUCACUGGAAGGAGCCUCCCAGAUUGCCCUUGAAGAGCAAACUGGUAACAGUGGCGAGGACCCCAUGGGACAAGAUGUGCUGCUGUCAUCAGACCUGUCAGAAGAUGCCACUUGCUCGGCCGUUGUCACUGUGUCACAGGCAACUUUAGAAGGGGACCAGGCUGAGGCAAAUACCAGUCCAGUUUCUUCUCUCUCAGUUUACACUCGGCCAUUGAAUUCGAUGACCACAACUGGACUGACCCAAGACCUUGUGGCUGUGGAGAAGAUGACUGCUGGUGAGAGCACCGUGAUAGAGAUGUUGCCUUCUGGUGACCUGAUGGCUUCAGAGCUCCAGGUGCAAGUUGAUGAAAAAGGAGUUGAGUUCAUUGUUGCCAAUACUGCUGAGCUCAAGGAAAUACCACAGCCCACUGUCCAAGCUGCAGCAACAAGCGUCAGCCGGGGCAAGCGGCGGAACCAAGUGACCUCAGAAACUCCUUCCCAGAAAGGGGUGAAGACUCAGAAGUGCCCAUUCUGCAGCAAGGCCUUCUGUAAAAACUUUGACCUUCAGCAGCACAUUCGCUCGCACACAGGAGAAAAACCAUUUCAAUGUGUCAUCUGUGGUCGUGGCUUUGCCCAAAAGUCUAAUGUGAAAAAGCACAUGCAAACGCACAAGGUUUGGCCCAAUGGCUUGUCGUGUACACUGCCAUCACAGCUUCUUUCAGAUGGCUCACAGUCAUCUGUGGAUGACCCUAACGGCAAGGAUGACAACGCAGGAAUCAAGAAGGUGGUUACCACUGAUGACGUAGCCCUGGUGAACAGCUAUAGCUGCCCAUUCUGUUCCUUUGUGGGGAAGACUUACUUCGAACUCAAGAGUCAUCUGACAUUCCAUAAGCAAGAAAAGGUUUUCAAGUGCAUAGUGGGAAAGUGUGGAGAGACAUUCACAGAGCUAGAUUCCUUCUUGAGUCAUGCCAAGAGCCAUGAGAGCAACAUGAUGUAUCGUUGUGGCCACUGUCCCCGCACUCUGGCCUCCUUGUAUGAACUCAAUGUCCACCAGCUUACACAUUCACUUUGUGUGACCAGUGACAGUCAUAGCAUCAGUGUCACCAUUGGUCCGAGCACAACCACAGCCAAGGCCAACAACAGGCCUCACCAGUGCCCUCACUGUCUCAAUCGAUAUGCUACGCCAGAGGCAUUAGCUCAUCAUCAAGCCACCUGCAGUCACAACUACCCGUGCCCAAUAUGCCGAAAAGUGUUCCCUUGUGAGCGCUAUCUUCGGCGUCAUUUAAUUGUUCAUCGGGCAUCAACACCCCAUGUCUGCUCAGUGUGCCACAAAGGUUUCAAGACUGACCAUUACCUUAAGGUCCAUGCAGUUGUGCACUCCACAGAAAAGCCUUUCCUCUGUUCCCAGUGUGGAGCUACCUUCAACCGACAGGACAAGCUGAAACGGCACUACCUUGUUCAUGAAUCAGUCAAACGAUUCAAAUGCCCGUUUGCUGCGCACCUAGGCUGCCGCAAAGAGUUCAACCGUGCUGACAAGCUGAAAUCACACCUGCUGACUCACAGUGGCGUGAGACCCUACGAGUGCCGCACAUGUGGUCGUGGUUUCACCCAGAAGCAAAGGCUGCAUGAGCAUGAGAAGCUACACUCUGACGUUCGCUCAUAUCAAUGCACCAGUUGCCAGCAGAGCUUCUUGAACCGCAAAGCACUGGAAGACCACACAUGCGCUGGCGUAGCCCACCACAGCAGGCAGGCAUGGUCUGUGGCACUUCGGGGGCGGCGACGGCGCUUCAAUAGCUCAAGGGCAGUCAAAGCAAGAGCACGACUGGCAAAAGGGCGAUCCACUGCAGCUGAGGAUGGUGUGGAUGAACUUGCUGGCGAGCCUGUUGAGUUAAGUAAAAGAGUGGGCGAGAAGCAGCUGGACUCUACUGGGCCUAAUUUGGAAGAGAUGGAAUGUGCAGAAGAUAUUCCAACAGCGCACAUUGAGAUUAUUUCAGCAACAGGAGAUUUGGACACUGCAGUUGCUGCUGUGACACAGGUGUACCAGCCUGUAGAAGAAACUGUAGUGGUCAACGGUGUUGAGGGAACCACUAUUUUGUAUGAAGCUGUGGAGGAACCUUAUAGUGAGGUUGUUUGAAAAGCAUUGCAUAUUAUGAAACAUCCUUCUGGCUGCUCGUAACUUGCCAAGAAUGCUUUUCAUCACCAGACACUUGGUGCUAAAUAU